GAUGAAACUAUAGUCCGAGUUCCUGGAAAAUGUUGCCCACAGUGCUCUUCCCGAUCCUGCUCUGCAUCAGGCCAAGUGUAUGAGCAUGGUGAGCAGUGGAGUGAAAAUGCCUGUACCACGUGUAUAUGUGACGAGGGUGAGGUCAGGUGCCACAAACAAGCCUGCCCUCCACUAAGAUGUGACAAGGGUCAGAGCAGGGCUCAGCGUCACGGGGAAUGCUGUGAGGAAUGUGUGUCUCCUGUGGGAAGCUGCUCGCACAACGGGAUUGUGCGCUACCAGGAUGAAAUGUGGAAGAGCUCGGCCUGCGAGUUCUGCGUGUGUGACCAUGGCCAAGUGAUCUGCCAGACUGGGGAGUGUGCCAAAGUGGAGUGUGCCCAGGGUGAAGAAUUAAUUCACUUAGAUGGAAAAUGCUGCCCUGAAUGCAUUUCAAAGAAUGGUUACUGUGUUGAUGAAGAAAAUGCAGAAUUUGUGACCUGUCAUUCCUCUUGCCUCACUUGUGUGGGUCCAGAGCCCUCUCACUGUGCCCAGUGUAAGAAGCCCGAUGAAGGACUGCAAGUUGAGCAGCUGUCUGGGGUGAACAUCACCUCUGGCAAGUGUCUGUCCCAGUGUAGAGCCCACUUUUACUUGGAGAACACUGGGCUAUGUGAAGCUUGCCACCCAUCCUGCUUCAGGUGUGCAGGGAAGAGCCCACAGAACUGCACAGCCUGCUGGCCUUCCCAAGUACUGUUGGAUGGGCAGUGUCUGUCCCAGUGCCCGGAUAGUUACUUUAACCAGGAAGGCAGUUGCACAGAAUGCCACCCCACCUGCAGGCAGUGCCACGGCCCAUCGGAAUCUGACUGCAGCUCCUGUCACCCUCAUGUCACUCUUGCUGGUGGGAGCUGCAGGACCAGCUGUAAAGAAGAGCAGUUCCUCAACCUGGUGGGGUACUGCACUGAGUGCGAUUGGAGCUGCAAUGCGUGCAGCGGACCCCUGAGGACAGACUGCCUGCAGUGCAUGGAUGGCUACGUUCUCCAGGACGGGGCCUGCGUGGAGCAGUGCUCACCAUCCUUCUACAGGGACUUGGGCCUCUGUAAAAGCUGCAGCAACCACUGUGUCCAGUGCCAAGGUCCCCAUGAAUGCACUCGCUGUGAAGAGCCGUAUCUCCUGUUGGAAGCCCAGUGUGUCCAGGAAUGUGGCAAGGGGUACUUUGCAGAUCACGCAAAUCGACAAUGCACAGCCUGCCCUCGGGCGUGCUUGCGGUGUAGCCGCCGGGACUGGUGUCACCAGUGUGACCAUGGGUUCUUUUUGAAGAGUGGCCUUUGUGUUUCCAACUGCAUUCCUGGCUUCUCUGCCCGCUCUAAUGAAACCUGCACUGGCAAAAUAUACACUCCUAGUCUUCAUGUGAAUGGUUCUCUCACCCUUGCAAUUGGUUCAAUGAAGCCACUGGAUUUUCCCCUUCUGAAUGUCCAAGACCAAGAUGGCAGGGUGGAAGACCUCCAGUUCCAUGUUGUGAGCACUCCCACCAAUGGUCAGCUGAUGCUGUCGAGGAAUGGAAAAGAGGUUCAGCUCGACAAGGCUGGCCAUUUUAGCUGGAAGGAUGUGAAUGAGAAAAAAGUGCAUUUUGUGCACAGCAAAGAAAAGCCCAGGAAAGGUUAUUUUUCCCUGAAAGUUAGUGACCAGCAGUUCUUCUCUGAGCCACAGCUGAUCAACAUACAAGCAUUUUCAAUACAGGCCCCCUAUGUGCUGAGAAAUGAGGCCCUCCGUAUCAGCAGAGGAGAGAGAGGAACCAUCACUACCCAGCUGCUCGACAUCCGAGAUGACGACAACCCACAGGAUGUGGUGGUCCAAGUGCUUGGUCCUCCACUUCAUGGCCAAUUGCUUCAAACACUUCAGUCCCCGGCAACCCCAAUCUAUCAAUUCCGGCUGGAUGAACUCUCCAGGGGCCUUCUCCACUAUGCUCAUGAUGGCUCAGAGAGCGUAUCUGAUGUUGCAGUCUUACAGGCCAAUGAUGGACAUUUCUUUCGAAGUAUACUGUUCCACGUGAAGAUGGUGCCCAAGAAUGAUGCAGGUCUUCGGCUUGUGGCUAAUUCAAUGGUGUGGGUUCCAGAAGGUGGGAUGCUGCAAAUUACCAACAGAAUCCUACAGGCUGAAGCUCCAGGUGCCAGUGCCUCAGAAAUCAUCUACAAAAUUACCCAGGACCACCCACAAUUUGUUUCAGAUGGAGCUCACACAAGUCCGGAGAUGGUCCUCACCAUUCAUUUGCUUCCCACUGAUCAGCACCUGCCGGCGUUCCGGGUCACAGCUCCCCUGCUUGAGGUCAGCCCAGGAGGCAGCACUGCUAUAGGACUUCAGCUGGCAGCAAGAGAUACCGAGAUAGCACCUGAAGAACUCUUCUUUGAGCUCCGGAAACCUCCAGAGCAUGGUGUGCUCCUUAAGUACACAGCUGAGUUCCAAGGGCCCAUGGCCACAGGUGACACUUUCACAUAUGAAGAUAUUGAGAAAAAUGUUCUGCAGUAUCUACACGAUGGCUCCCCUGCCCGGGAAGACAGCAUGGAGAUCUCAGUCACAGAUGGCACGUCCACGACGACUGUGGAAGUGAAAGUGGCGGUGUCCCUGUCGGAGGCCCAGGGGCCUCAGCUGGCUGCUGGUGCCUCGCGGAGCAUUACCGUUGCUAGGAAAAGCACAGCCGUGAUCACCAGGUCACACCUUGCUUAUGUUGUAAGUUCUUACCUGUGUCUUCUUGUUCACUGUGUCCAGAUUAGUUCCUUUACUCAAGCUGACCUGACUUCACAAAAUGUUCGGUAUAUCCACUCCAGUGAAACCGAGAAACAUUCUGAUGCCUUCAGCUUUGCGCUCUCCGAUGGAGUCAGUGAGGUAACCCAGACUUUCCAUAUCACCAUACGCCCUGUGGACGAUUCACUGCCUGUUGUACAGAACCUGGGCAUGCGGGUGCAGGAGGGUGUGAGGAAGACCAUCACAGAGUUUGAGCUCAAGGCGGUGGAUGCAGACACAGAGGCCGAGUCUGUCACAUUCACCGUUGUGCAGCCCCCACGCCACGGCACCAUCGAGCGAGCCAGCCGCGGGCAGCAUUUCCGGCGCACGUCCAUCUUCACCAUGGAAGACAUCUACCAGAACCGGGUCAGCUACAGCCACGACGGCAGCAACUCCCUCAGAGACCGGUUCACCUUCACUGUGGCUGACGGGACAAAUCCCUUCUUUAUCGUCGAAGAAGGAGGAAAAGAGGUUAUGACCGCGGCACCUCAGCAUUUCCAGGUAGACAUCCUCCCAGUAGAUGAUGGCACCCCUAGAAUUGUUACCAACCUGGGGCUUCAGUGGCUGGAGUACAUGGAUGGCAAGGCAACCAACUUGAUCACCAAGAAGGAACUGCUGACCAUGGACCCAGACACAGAGGACCAGCAUCUUGUCUAUGAGAUUACAGCGGGCCCCAAGCACGGCCACAUGGAGAACAAGCUACAGCCUGGCAGAGCUACCGUCACUUUCACUCAGGAGGAUGUGAACUUAGGGUUGAUUCGUUACGUGUUGCACAAGGAGAAGAUCCAUGAGAUGAUGGAUAGUUUUCAGUUUCUGGUGAAAGACAGUAAACCCAAUGUGGUCAGCGACAAUGUCUUCCAUGUUCAGUGGUCCCUCAUCAGCUUUAAAUAUACCAGCUACAACGUCAGUGAGAAAGCGGGUUCUGUCAGCGUCACAGUGCAGAGGAGUGGGAACCUGAACCAGUAUGCCAUCGUCCUGUGUCGCACCGAGCAAGGCACGGCCAGCUCCAGCUCCAGGGUCAGCUCCCAACCCGGACAGCAGGACUACGUGGAGUAUGCUGGCCAGGUGCAGUUUGAUGAGCGAGAGGACACCAAGUCCUGCACCAUUGUCAUCAAUGAUGAUGAUGUGUUUGAGAACAUUGAGAGUUUCACCGUGGAGCUCAGCAUGCCAGCAUAUGCCUUAUUAGGGGAGUUCACCCAGGCGAAGGUCAUUAUCAAUGACACUGAGGACGAGCCCACAUUAGAGUUUGAUAAGAAGACCUACCGGGUCAACGAGAGCGCUGGUUUUCUAUUUGCACCUAUCGAAAGAAAAGGGGAUUCAAGCAGCAUUGUAUCUGCAAUUUGCUACACAGUCCCUAAGUCAGCUAUGGGAAGUAGCCUCUAUGCUCUAGAAUCGGGCUCUGAUUUUAAAUCUAGAGGGAUGUCUCCUGACAGUCGUGUGAUAUUCGGGCCUGGUGUCACCAUGUCCACCUGUGAUGUCAUGCUCAUUGAUGACAGUGAAUAUGAAGAAGAAGAAGAGUUUGAGAUUGUCCUGGCAGAUGCUUCAGACAAUGCCCGCAUCGGAAGGGUGGCAUCGGCCAAGGUGCUCAUUAGUGGUCCCAAUGAUGCUUCCACUGUGUCCCUGGGCAACACGGCUUUCACUGUCAGCGAGGAUGCAGGUACAGUGAAGAUUCCGGUUAUCCGUCAUGGGACUGACCUUUCUACCUUCACAUCUGUCUGGUGUGCAACGCGGCCCUCAGACCCAGCUUCCGCCACUCCAGGAGUUGACUAUGUCCCCAGCUCUAGGAAGGUGGAGUUUGGGCCAGGUGUCACUGAGCAGUAUUGCACCUUGACUAUCUUAGAUGACACUCAGUAUCCAGUAAUUGAAGGGCUGGAGACAUUUGUGGUUUUUCUCAGCUCAGCACAAGGGGCCGAACUGACCAAACCCUUCCAGGCUGUCAUUGCAAUUAAUGACACCUUCCAGGAUGUGCCCAGCAUGCAGUUUGCCAAGGAUUUGCUCCUAGUGAAGGAGAAAGAGGGUGUCCUGCAGGUGCCCAUCAUUCGGAGUGGAGACCUGAGCUAUGAGUCAUCAGUGAGGUGCUAUACCCAGGGCCAUUCAGCUCAGGUCAUGGAGGACUUUGAGGAGAGAAGAAAUGCGGACUCCUCACGGAUUACGUUUCUGAAAGGGGAGAAAAUGAAGAACUGUACUGUCUCUAUCCAUGAUGACUCCAUGUUUGAGCCUGAGGAACAAUUCAGGGUCUACCUCGGCCAUCCUCUUGGAAACCACUGGAGUGGAGCCAGAAUUGGAAAGAAUAACAUGGCCACCAUCACCAUAUCCAAUGAUGAAGAUGCCCCUACCAUUGAGUUUGAAGAAGCUGCAUACCAAGUCCGGGAACCCUCGGGGCCAGAUGCUAUAGCCCUCCUGAACAUCAAGGUGAUCCGCCGAGGGGAUCAGAACAGGACGUCCAAGAUUCGCUGCAGCACACGGGAUGGGUCUGCCCAGUCCGGGGUGGAUUAUUACCCAAUGAGCAGAGUCUUGAAGUUUAGUCCCGGUGUGGAUCAUAUCUUUUUUAAAGUCGAGAUCCUAUCCAAUGAAGACCGGGAAUGGCAUGAAUCGUUCUCCCUAGUCCUUGGCCCAGAUGACCCAAUGGAAGCAGUUCUUGGUGAUGUGACCACUGCCACAGUGACGAUUCUAGACCAGGAGGCAGCAGGGAGUCUCAUAUUGCCAGCACCACCCAUCGUUGUCACACUUGCUGACUAUGACCAUGUAGAAGAAGUUACCAAGGAAGGAGUCAAGAAAUCCCCAUCCCCAGGCUACCCACUGGUUUGUGUUACCCCCUGUGACUCUCAUUUCCCCAAGUACACCAUCAUGAAGGAGCGUUGCAGUGAGGCUGGUAUCAACCAAACAUCGGUGCAGUUCAGCUGGGAAGUGGCCACCCCUACUGAUGGCAAUGGGGCCCGGUCACCCUUUGAGACCAUCACUGACAACACACCAUUCACCAGUGUCAACCACAUGGUCCUGGACAGCAUUUACUUCAGCCGGAGGUUCCAUGUGCGUUGUGUGGCAAAGGCCGUGGACAAGGUGGGCCACGUGGGGACUCCCUUAAGGAGCAACAUUGUUACCAUUGGAACAGACAGUGCUAUCUGCCACACCCCAGUGGUAGCCGGGACAGCCAGAGGCUUCCAGGCUCAGUCCUUCAUUGCCACCUUGAAAUACCUGGACGUCAAGCACAAGGAGCAUCCAAACAGGUCAGGCAGGUGGUGCCUUCCCCCCUCUCCUGACACCCAUGUAUACCCCUUUCAGAGCAUUAUCAUCAUUCAUUUUCUCUCUGUCCCCGUAGUAGAUGGACAGUUUGUGAUGGAGCACCACACCCUCCCUGAUGUGAAAUCAUUCAUACUGACUCCAGACCACUUAGGAGGAAUUGAAUUUGACCUGCAGCUACUAUGGAGUGCUCAGACUUUUGAUUCUCCAUAUCAACUCUGGAGAGCCACAAGCUCUUAUAACAGGAAGGACUACUCGGGGGAGUACACCAUCUACCUGAUCCCAUGCACCGUGCAGCCCACACAGCCGUGGGUUGAUCCAGGAGAGAAGCCUUUGGCCUGCACUGCACAUGCCCCAGAAAGAUUCCUGAUCCCCAUUGCAUUCCAGCAGACCAACCGCCCUGUACCAGUUGUGUAUUCACUCAAUACCGAAUUUCAGCUCUGCAAUAAUGAGAAGGUGUUCCUAAUGGAUCCCAAUACAUCUGAUAUGUCACUGGCAGAAAUGGAUUACAAAGGGGCCUUCUCAAAAGGUCAAAACCUUUAUGGCCGAGUACUUUGGAAUCCAGAACAAAACCUUAAUUCUGCUUACAAACUCCAGCUGGAGAAGGUCUAUCUUUGUACCGGCAAGGAUGGCUAUGUGCCUUUCUUUGAUCCCACAGGGACAAUCUACAAUGAAGGGCCGCAGUAUGGAUGCAUUCAGCCAAACAAACACCUGAAACACAGAUUUCUGCUGCUGGACCGCAGUCAGCCAGAAGUAACUGAUAAGUACUUCCAUGAUGUGCCCUUUGAGGCCCACUUUGCUUCCGAGUUGCCUGAUUUCCAUGUGGUCAGUAGCAUGCCAGGUGUGGAUGGAUUUACACUGAAAGUAGACGCACUCUAUAAGGUGGAAGCAGGACACCAGUGGUACCUGCAGGUGAUCUACAUCAUUGGUCCUGACACCAUCUCAGGGCCCCGGGUCCAGCGCUCUCUCACGGCGCCUCUGAGGCGCCACCGAAGGGACCUGGUGGACCCCAGUGGCCGUCUGACCCUUGACGAUUCGCUCAUCUAUGACAAUGAAGGGGACCAAGUCAAGAAUGGCACCAACAUGAAGUCCCUGAAUCUCGACAUGCAAGAGCCUGUGGUGGCUGCUUCUCUCUCCCAGACUGGGGCGUCUAUCGGCAGUGCCCUCGCUGCUGUCAUGCUCCUGCUUCUGGGGCUUUUGGUGGCUUGUUUCCUCACCAGGAAAUGCCAGAAGCAGAGGAAGAAACCGCCCACAGAGGACAUUCUGGAGGAAUACCCUCUGAACACCAAGGUGGAUGUGUCCAAGAGGAGCCCGGACAGGAUGGAGAAGAACUUGAACAGACACUACUGCACCGUGCGGAACGUCAACGUCCUGAGUGACGCCGAGGGGGCUUAUGCCUUCAAAGGGGCUAAGGUGAAAAAACUGAAUCUGGAAGUCAGAGUUCACAACAACUUACAGGAUGGAACGGAAGUUUAACGGAGGAGACCUGUGUGUAUUUUUUUCUAAAAUCAUUUUUAUAAAGACGGGGGUCAAAUACUGGUAUUUUUAUAAUCUUGCAGUUUAAAAAGGGAAAACUAUAGCUUUGAGUGGUGGAAGGCACACAUCACACACAUCAACUCACAACUGAGCUACCUCAUUAAACAAAGAACCACUGAGACCCCAGAGUUCUGGAGCAGAGGUCUUUCGGGAGAUCUCUUGAAUAGUGUCAGCAGGUAUAGAUUGCUCCUUCUGUAAGGCUGGUCUUAGAAAGCACAUAUUUCAGUAUUGGCCAGAGCUUAGACUUUCCAGCUAGAUGAUGGGGCUCAGCAGACUGGAGAAGGUACACUGGCAGGUCUCUGGGGUGGGGGGCAGGGGGGUUGCUGGGGGGACAUUGGUUUCCUCCCCCACCUCCAGCUUUCUUCUACUUGGGCUUUCCCUGGGCCUCCGGGCAGCAGAACUUGGAUUGCUGAUGCUCCAGUUCCAUUCAAAAUCCUGCUAAUCAGCACAGCCUAUGUAUUUGCUCAUUGUAUCUGCUUGACAGCUUGCCCGCCAUGGCCUCUAACUGUCCUUUGCAUUUCCAGAGCCUUUCCACCUGGGGGUUUCAAAGUGCUCUAGAUGAGAGCCUUGUCCCACAACUUGCGGGAGAAAUCACACAGCUCCCUGCCAGAAGUCUGGCAGAGCGGACCCCCCACCAACAGAAGGGCAGACAGAGGAGGGGCCUGACCCUAUUAGUGAUGCACGGCCCCCUAGGCCCAGGGGGAUGUCCUUGUGCCCCACUGGUUUACACUGCACCAAGGACAUGUCAGGACAUCCUCCCUGACAGAGAAUGCUGCAAAACAAGAUCAGUGCACCUGGCCUUUUUAUUCCACAUGGCCAUGCAUGCUUACAAAACCCACCACACUUUCCUGCCACCCCAGGCUUUGCCCAGUCCAAUAGCAGACAAGCCUGUGUACUUUGCUAGCUGCGAGUUUUGUAUUUUGCUAGGGUUUCAGAAAAGUAAGUGAUUCAUUUGAAUAAAGCCAAUUAGGAGAAAGCCCCACUCAGAGUGAAAUCUGAGUUAAGAGAUGCCAACUAGUACUCACAACAGAUAAAGUACCAACGCUCACAGCAGAGAAGGCACCGAUCCCAGGACAGGUUUUCAGGGAUUUCUCUUUUGGGGGGGGGUUCUUUUCUGGUAGCUCACGCAUUUAUUUUUACCACAUCAGCACGUGACAAGGCCAUAAACACAUGGCUUUAAAAUGAUUCAGUGUUCGAAUAGCAGCUUCGGGAUUUUGUAUGAAGUGUGCACACAGCUUGCUUUUGUGUUUCUUUUUCGUCUUUUGCCUGACUGGCAAAAACACAAGCAUGUGUGUCAUGUUGUUUUGAAAUGCAGGCACAACUUCAUAACCAAGGAGUGAAAGACGUGUUCUCCUCCUGAUGCAUGGCACACCGCAGUCACUGAGCAAACAACAGAACAGCAUACUGUGUCAUAUUAGUCAUAGAAUGACCCAGGCUCUGUGAGAACAUCCCACACUGCAAACACCUUGGUUCUAGAAAGCUAGAAAGAGUGAGCCAUGAAUGGUUUUUGGCAUCUCUACCAGACGCCAAGCUCUUGAGAAGAGGACCUUGUGAGCCGUGCCUUUGGUUCCUCAGCAGUGCCUUGCACAGGACGAGCACUCCAGAAAUAUCUGUUAGGUAAACAAGUGAAUGGUGGCAUGGGUGGAUGGUAGAGGAAUCAGUUCAGGAAGGGGAGGUGAGAGACAUUGGUGGCAAGAUUGCAUGGGCAGAUAGGAAAACACAAAAACAAAACUGCCUCUUCUGCUUGGAUUAUAAGUAACCUCAUUGGAAUGAAGAAGCACCACGUGACAUAGGCAUGAAUCUAGCAGUGGUCUUAGAACGACUGAACAGAAAAACCAGAAGAACGUUUUAGCAGAAGUUGAAACUAUGAAUCAGCCUCCAGAGAAGGACAUUUAGAGGAAAGUCUGGCUUAGCGUUCUGGGGUGAGUGAAGUUUUCAGGAGAGGCUGGAAUGGGGUGAGCCCAGAACCCAAAACUCCUGACUGGGCGCAUGCUCCUUGAGACCAGCUUGGGCGGUGUGGGGCAGAACUUCUGUGUCGGCCUCGGGAGCAUCCAGAAUUGGUGUCUCGUGGCUGGAGAGCUCAUCAGCCUGGUGUGGAAUCUCCUCCAGAACAACCUGGAAGGUUAAUGCUAAUUCUGCGAGGACAGGAAGCCUAUCAUUUGCAGAGCAACUUUUGAUUUGGCCCGGUCUUUAUCCCUGUUCCCACUUGCCAGAACGCUUCCACACUAAAGCGGCACCGUCGCCUUUGCUCAGAUAUUCUUCGUGCACACCCCUUCCACUCCUGCCGAGGAGGACACAUGCAUGGGGAGAGUGAAGACAUGCGCAGAGUGAAGCUAACGCAGGAAGAGAUGGAGACCGAGACCUCUUGAGUGCUCUCAGCAGCUUCCAUGUACGUGGUCUUGAGCGGCAAGGACAACAUCCAGGGAGGACCAUGAGACCGUGAGCUCUCUGUGUGAGAGGAAAGCCUGGGACUAUUCCCACCUCCCUCCCUUCCUGCUCUUCCCCCUGACUACGUAUACUUUUUUGAAUGCUGGUACUUCUUCAGUGGAUGCACACUUAUUAAAUAGGAAGUGUUUAGAGGUGUGAAGCUGAGAUUUACUCCUUUGAUACAGUUUCUCAUUCUGUUUAUGUUUUCUAUUUCAUAGCAGGAAUCCGAUAAUUUGGUGACUGCUGCAGGAUUAUAUUUCAGUCAAAGCCCUCCUUUCAAUUUAUCUAACUUGCUCACUAAUGCCUUGUGUGUGUUUUACUAAUCUUCUAUACCAUGUCAUUAGGUCAGGAGGAACAAGAAGCCCUCCGGGGUUGCUAUUUGCUCUCCCCCACUUGCUGUGAAGGUUGAAAGCGAGGAGUCUGUGACUUUUUUCUGCCUCGCUGUCCUAUUAUGAUCCCCGGGCCUCCUGGAGGCCGCCUGCAGACUCCACGCCUGGGUGUGGAAGUCGUGUUGGAAUGUGUUUGCACAGUCUUAGGACAUUUAGUUUCAGUGUCCUGUAGGUGUUCAUUGUUCUUGGAUAGGACACACAUGCUCAGACUGAGUGAAACAUUUGUGGUGCUGUCAACCUGAUUUCUUGACUUAAAUAAUCUUUGUAUUUCUAAUACCAAUUUGUGUGUUAUGAAUUUCUGAUUUCUCCAAUAGCAUAUGCCACUAUAUAAAUUUGUAUUAAUAAAUGACAGUCUGGUUGCAUUUUU